AGCCAGUGGAAAGACGAUUAUCUAAAAUCGUCUGCGGUUUUUUUGUUCUUUUCCCCAUUCCUGCCCUCUUCACUUCGAUUCUGUCUCGUGGAACGUCGCCACAAACGAUUUCGAGGAGCCUCAUCUGCAAGUCUUUCCCAUUGCGUUUGCAAAGGAAUGGAACUUUUCGCUGAUCGGCCAUCUGGUUCUUAAACAGGUGGAGCAACAUUUAAUCACAAGCAAUCGCAAAAGCUGUUCUUACAAGAAUAUGAAUUGCAGCAAAUAACGGCACUUCUCUACUUCGUAUGUGCAUCUAGUUAUCAGGUUUUCCUUGCUUUAGCUGAGUGGAAUGCAAUCAAAAGAUGAAAACUCUUCUCUUCUAGGAGGUGAAGCAGCUGGACCGUCUCAAGAAGUCUCCAUUGACCAAUCCAAGGGAGCCAGACCCAAAAUCCGGAAUCCAAAAGAAGCCAAACGCCAGCGAUUUGUUAUGAAACAAGCAAAAACAAUCUCCAAACCUCAGCCAUUAGAAAGUGUAUCUGAAAGCGAAGAAGGUCAGGCAUUGCUCCCCAAGGCAACAGAUUUCAGCACUCCCGGGCCAUCAACUUCCACCGAAAGGAAUCACCCCGAAUUCUUUGGAGUCCGGUCCUACGUCCACACGUUCUACGAAGCUAUGGCGAUGGACAACCCGCAAGAUUUUGAGAACGAGUUCGGAUACCCUGUGCCAUCAAGAAAACGAAGGAGGCAGCUUAUGUGCUGGAGAUGGAUACUGGGUUCUGGUGUCGUAACCCUAAUGCUGGGUGCCAUACUUAUUGCAAUUGGAUUUCUUGUGCCAAAAAGGAAUGUAGUCGUCGACAUCCAGGAAGACAUUGAGAUCAUAGACAAAGAGCACAUGGCAUUCAACUAUGCUCUUGACAUCGUCAAAAUUAUGGGGAUCACCUUGUUCUGCACAGGUGGUUUGAUGGUCGCUGGCUUGUUUUUGGCUCUUACUUUCAUAUGCAAAAGUAGAAUCGAUGAUCCAUUAAACGCAGAGGAAAUACCGCUGGCAGGAGGCGAUGCUUGUCCAGAUACUGGUCCGAAUGCAGCCAUGGAUGUCAAAGUACCUGCUACAGAAGAGUUGACCGCUGUACAACCCAAAAGAGCAGAUCCAGAAGAAGUUGUGAUGACCAAUGCUGGACUCUGCAAGAUUCCUUAAUUUAUCAUACUGAUUUCGUAACCGCACAGCAAUUGUGGAUAGUCUUGUGUAUAUGAAAUGUUGUAUUUCAUGUUUCCCUCUAUCACAUGUAGUUGAUGAUCUAGUAGUCUGUUUUAUCCUUUGUGUAAUAUCAUUUAACGUUGCCACUCCAAAUUAUCAAAUAUAAUAUCAUUCUUCAAGUGAUGCUACCGCGUGAUGUCUUCAGGUGCUUUUUCUUGUAAACACUUAUAAAACGUGUUCCUUUAGUUAUAGUAAACAUGAAUAUUUUGUAUAUGUAUCGUAUACAUAUUAGAAUGAAACAUAUGUCUAUAUUUCAGAUUAUAAAAUUUAAUACAUUACAUACGAACAUUUUAUGAAACAUUUGAUGAUAUAUAUAUUUAAGAGUUUCAUUAUAUGGAUGGUAAUUUACAUAAAAUCUAUAUUGGAAAAAUAUUGAUUAUCAUGUUGAAACUGUAUAUAUUUGGAUGACAUCUUUUCCCCUUUAUUCAGUGUCUUGAA